CCCCCUCUCAGGAUAUUUGAAUUUCAUCUCUACUUUUGCACAUAACGAUUAUAAUUAGUUCUCGACAAGCGUGGAAAUGCGUUGCUGGAAUGUCCUUUUUUUUCAACGAACUGCAUCUGAUGUCGAUCAUAGCUCUUAUUCAAGUGAAAGGUUUCCAACGACUGUUUUGCUUUGAGCGUGUUGCAUGGAGUUUGCAGUUUGCAGCAUACAUGACAUUGCUUAACAUGAAGAGAUUUUACUUAGGGCGCUCCUGGUCAAAUCCAAUAUGCCAACGCAUGCAAACUCAGUUCAACACUACAUUGCUAGUGUUCACUUUGACAUACAGUACAAGUAUUUUUGAACUCAAUGGAAUUAACUUGAGAGAAUUACCAUCUGUUGCUGUUAUGAUUCCAGAAUUGCAUAUCGUUUCCAUGGCAGCAAGAACGCGCCAGGUGUACCGUUUCCUUUUCAACAUACCAGCUCAGAAUAGAAACAAACAACUUAAGGUUUAACAAAAGUAAGAUUCCCAGAAAAAAAAAAAAAAAAAAAAAAAAAAAACGAUGAUAGAAGAUCCUUGGAAGCCACUUAUUCCCAAUUCACGCUUCAGCGCACUCGCUCCGUUUCCGCGCCGCACAUGGAUUCAUCCAAACGCGCCCAGAGAUGAUUUUGAUAUGGUCUGCGAAAUUAUUUGGAGCAAAACCGCCCAUCUAGAGGGCAAAGGUGAAAGUUCAUCACAGAGGCCACUGGAUAUGGUCGGUAUCCUCUCUAACUGCCAGCUGAAUUAUGGGGGUGAUGAGGGAGAAAAAAAGACAAAGUAUUUGGUUUCGAGAAACCAGCACGAGAUGGGCAAGAGACAACACCACAUUGAGUUCAAUCUUUCUUGCCCCUAUAUCUCAGGCUGCAGACGUCUCCAUGUUGCGAAACCUGCACAGGUAAAAUGUGUAAAAGAAAAUCUCAAGAGUGGAAGAAAACCGGUCAAGAAGUUGUGGGUUCCUCAAACUAGUGCUGAACAUAAAAGGAAUACUGAAGAACCUGCCUCACCUUUUCCUGCUGAACUACACCAGGAUUCAUGUCAAAGCGAAUAUGAGAAAGAUACAAAAAGCCUCUUUGACACUAAUUCUAGCAAUGGUGAUAAUUCUGUCACUCUACUCGGGGUACAAAUUUAUUCUUCUGAUAGCAACGAGACCUUUGCAGAGAUUGACAUAAAUUAUGUGGGAAAAAAAGAAAUCCCACAAUUUUCAGAAAGGAGCAGUUCUGACAGGGAGCGGGGUUUCCUAUUUAACACAGAGACAGACUUUCCUCAGCUCCCUACCAACAAGGCUGGCAUUCCAUCUUGUCCCACUAAGCUUUCAACCUCGAGGAAGGUGCACAGCCAGUGGGAGACUCCCUUCUCAUUCCACCCACACCAUGCCCUCACUGCCACUUUGGCGAGUGGGAUGAGUGCCCUGGUGCAGGCUCCAAUCCAAGGCAAGGAGCUCCAUACAAACUCCACAACUGACACAUUUCUGGUAGAGCCGAGGGCCUAUGACCUAUUGGCUGACUUUCCGGCUCUCCAGCCCUCAGAGAACCCUUUAUCACUGGGUGAAGUGUGUCAUGGGAAUCCCAGGACCAGAACUGCAGAGGCAAAAAGAGGUCUUACCCUCUCACCAAAUCAUCACCAAGACAGUGUGGUUUCCCACAAGAGGAGAGUGGAAACUGUGCCCCAUGAGGUCUUCUCCAUCUGUUCAGGAGAUCAAAAAUCAGCACUGGACCUUGAAACAUUUGGCUUGGUCAGCGAGUUCAAAUCCCCAAGAGUUAGCUGUGAGAAAAUGAAGGCCAACAACCUGCUGCCUCCUACAGUUGCAGGUACAGAUGGUGUGGGUGUUAAUGCCAGGUCCUGGGCUAGCGCUGCCAAGGCAGGCAUGAGGCAAGCAGCUGUCCCCCAGGAGAAAGUCAGACCUUGCACCUUUCAACACACAGUUACUAUUAACAGAGCCAAAGGUAUUUUAGGUUGAUUAAACCUGACAUUUUUGGUCCUUCAAGCCAGAGACCAAUACGCCCGAGGAUUCCAGCGGGUUGGUGGAAUCCAGUAAAGACCGUGCGCACGGCAGACUCCAUCAGGGAGACUCUCAGACGCUUUCCGGGACUGGAACUCGGCCCACCCGCUGGUGCCUGACGGCUGACGGAACUCCAAGAGAGAGGGGAAAGAAAAAGUGGGUUUGUGUAGCAGAGGACCCCCGGAAUGCAGACGAGCAGGCAGCAUGACGGCUGAAGGUUACCUCUGCACUCCUGGAUUGCCUCUGUGGUUUCCCCACUGACUGGUGGCUUUCAGAGAACUCCUCUGCAGCCGUCGUCUGCCUAAGGCUCCUGGACUCCGAUUCUCCCUGCCUGCCCGCUCUCCAUCCCCCACUGAAGCUCCACCUUGGAUCCUCUCUUCCCUCUACGGAAACUGAGCUUCUCUCAAGAUCGCAACCUCCCCUCCUCCCUUUCCCCCCAGACUAAAACUGAACUUCGAACCCAGAGAUACCCCCCAUUCCCCUCCGAGUGCCUCAUCUCCUGUGAAUAAUAAUCUUUAAACAACGUAUCUGGUGUUCUGUGUGUGAUUCUGCAUGUGGGUCAGGAAACUAUCCCAGAACAUGACAGACAGGAAAGCGUGCUGUACAACUAAUGCAGAUGUCAGUUGAUCUUCAUAAGUCAGGAAAUGGUAAAAAUAAAAUAACUACUUGGCUGA